AUGCCCCUUGAUCUCGCAGACUCUGUUCUUAUGGAUACACCCGAAAGCAUUCUAAAGGCUCGUGGGAACUUGGAUGCGGACGGCUGGAGUAAAGAUCGAGUCAUAAAUCCAGCCUCGCGCCAACGUGUACAGCUAAUGCUUUGUAUGCUUCGUGAAGAAGCCCUAGAGCUGAAACUUGGACCCGUGACGCCAGAUAUUGAGGCAAAAGCUCAACGCGUCCUACGAAAAUUGAAGUCGACCUGGCAGUCAAUUCCAUCACACAUGAAAUACAACAAAGCGUCACAGUGGGCAGGUCAGCUUCAUAUUGCUAUAAAUCUGCAAAGUCUAUGGCUAGAGCGUCUUUACACCGAAUUUAUUUUGCAUACUAUACUUGCUAGUUCGACCGAGUUGAAUCGCGAGAGGUUGAUAACCACGGCACACGAGAUUGUCAAUACUGUCCUCCUCCCAACACGGCGAAGAGAUCUACUGCACAGUCAUAGAGCAGAUAUUGAAUGGGCGCUUGUGUUCUAUGCCAUGCCUUGCACCAGUGUUCUAGUCUUGGAGCUUCUACGACAGGAACAGCAUCCUGCAGAACAACUAAGAAUUAACCGAAGCGGUGUAAUUCAAGACAUAAGCAUUUUAAUAUCCUGCUGCGGUUCUUGGACGGAGGCUGGGCAGAGUAAUUACCAGAUCUGCAAGCAGGCCCAGUCGAUCUUUUCAAAGAGUCUUGACUCGAUUCUCAAUCAUACACAGCACAUUCCGCGGGACAGCUCUGAAGAGGUGACGGCACAUCAACAGGAGCAUUAUCACGAGGUCAUGAGGGUUUCAAGCCCUGAAAACUUUAAUGGUCUUGCGCAGGACCCUGAGUGGAUGGCUUGGCUCGAGUCGGUAGGCUUACAAGGAGACUUAUGGCUAGAGUCCAGCAUUCCAACAUCAGAGUUCUAUGAUUGA